GUUAGUCAGUCAGUAUCUCUUCGUGCGUCGUUCUAUUAGCGUGCGGGUUGUGUGUUGCUACUGAGUUCUCACGCGCACCAUUUGCACGUGCUAUGACGAGACACGAGUAGUUCGAAGACCGUUUUUUCUAUUUUUAGUUUUCUUUUAUUAAGUUUAAUUUUCAUGUGAUAUUAAUUUUUGAGGUAUUGUUUUUCUUAUUUUUUCUAUUAACUUAAAAAAAAAAAUCGUUUUAAAUAUUAAAUAUAGUGAGUAUUACACUAGUUUGGACACACAGGUACUAAGAUUGUGAAAUCAAAAACCUCAACGAAGAUUAUCAUAGACUACGUGGUGGUUAGUUUUUUUCAAAACGACCUAACAUAAAAAGUGAAGAUCAACUCGGCUCAUUGAAUGAUUGACAAAACUAUAUAUGUAUACUUACAAAAUAAUAAUCUGGAUGGGAAUUCGCUAGUACACUAUGAGUAGAAAACGGUGAUAUGGAGGCAGCUGCUAGUGUGGUUCAAAUGACUGGGGGUGGUAGUAGGAUGGGCAUGAACUCGGAUAUGUUCUUGUUACCGUCCAGCCCUUUUACUCCAUCUCCGGGUUCUGGAAUAAUUACUACAGGGUCCCCUACCUCGGGAGUCCAAUAUGCUGCAGCCACACUCACUGUGUUGCGACGAGACGCCUGGGUUUUGCCGGUACUUGUAUUAUCUGUACUUACCAUGACCUUAAUAUUAACAUUUGAGAUAUUCGUUCUAUGCAAAACUAGGAAAACAGAACCUAGUAGAAGACAUUUAUUUUUGGGACAAGCAUUACUCGGUGGUCUGUUCAUGUGUGCAGCCGUUAGUGGACUUAUGUGCACACAACCAACAGUUUUAACUUGUGCCACCGUAAGGCUGUGCACGGGACUUGGUUACUCAAUGGUAUUCGGCACAUUACUUGUCAAAUGUGUUUUCCUCAUAAGUCUUAAUGGAGGUGUUUAUCUACCCGCACCGUAUCAGGCUCUUUUAUUAUUCUUCACGGUUGCCAUACAACUAGCUAUUGGCACUCAAUGGCUCAUAUUUUCACCUCCUCAGUUAGUGCCUUCACAAUGGGCGACCAGCUUAGAUAACAGUUGUGACACGAAGUAUCAACAUAUGUUGGGUUCAAUGGUAUAUCCAGCAACGUUAUUGUUCGCCGUCAUCGUGUUGGCUGUCAAAUCAAGACAUAUACGUGACAAUUACCGAGAAGCUAUGUACAUUGGAUUAGCCGUUGGAUGUACCACUCCGUUGUGCGUUGGUUGGGCAUUAGCAGGGCUUUGGGCCACACAGCCGGGCGACCAAGACGGUUGUUUGGCCCUUGGCCUUGGCGCCACGGCCGCCUUAGUUUUGCUGGUCAUGUUCAUGCCCAAAGGCCGACAGUUGGCGGCUAUGGGGCGGGAUGGACUUUAUGACGAGGACAAACUGAGCACAAUGAGUCGACCAGCGUCUCCAUCGUUUUUCCAUUUCAAACCUUUCAUGACUCCGGUGAAACAUACAUCGACAAUCAACACUUUUGGAGAUCGAGUAGCACUUGUUGCACCACCUACGUACCCUCACCAUUAUUAUCCUUAUUGUUACUAUCCUCAUCAUGGAGGUGGCGGAAAUGCCCACCAACAGUAUACUAGAUGUCCACCAGACAUGUGCAAUUUUGCGGGAAUGGAUAACAGUAUAUACACAACGAUGGAACCAACCAUGUCUAACAACCCCAAUGUUUUUUUCCACCGUUCUGGAAUCCAUCCAGGCAUGAUGUACUGAUUAAUUUUUUAAGAGAAUUCUUUUCAUUCAUAUGUGAACUACUAUUAUUCGUUAAAUUUACUAUAAUUAUUAGUGUUAAAUUCUACAAAAACCAUCAAAAAAUAAAGUGUACCUUUUUUUUUAAACAUUUACCAAUGUACAAAAUUCGAAUGAAUAUCUAACCUAUUAAUAAUAUAAUAUACCUAUAUCUGGAUCUCAAAUCAAAUAAUUUUCUUCGUACGAUUUCCUUUACGAAAAUUAUCUCUUAUAAAAAAUUGUUUACCAUCAUGUGGUUUCUAAUGUAAAUAUCUUUUAACCAUUGAAAUUAACUUACCAUGUGUAAGAAUAUUUUAUCGACAAAUAAAUUUUAUGGAUUAAAAUUGUUGCCAUUGUUUUAGAUUUAUAUUGUAACAAUAUUAGUAUUACUUUCAUAAGCUAAGUAUAAUAUUAGUAUUGUACAUUAUAUUGUUUUAAUUAUAUUAUUAGUUGUAAUAUUAACCCUUAAAUGUAUUGUAUUUUCAACCAGUGCCGUAGUUAAGAAUACAUUUGGGAUACUUACCCAUCCCUACAUUUAUUUAAACAUAGGUUUACUAUCAUACAAAAAGGCUUAAAAUUUUUAAUGUUUGUACAUUUUUGGAUUAUUUCCUCAGUAUAGUAUUUUAAUUAUAUAAAUAGAUUUAAUUAGUUGAGUAUCUACUUAUUAGAUAUCUCUAUAAAAAUUUCUGAGUAAUAUUUAAAAAACAUUUGAUUGAUUAUAUAGACUUUAACAUAAAAUAUUGCUAAUUAUGAUCAAUGAGUAAAUAAGUAUUUCAAGUAAUUAUCUAUUAGAAAUAUUUUUGAUAAAGUUGACUUAACAAUAAUUUUAUAUUUUAAUUUACAUGGAUUUCUUUUUUAAUAAUAUAAUUUCGAUCAAAUUUAUUCUUUUUUUGUAAAUUUUUUUUUAAACAUGAUAAUUUAAAUUUCAAUUAUUUGUGAAAUGCUUUUUAAACCAAAUCAAAAUUUAUUCAGUUCCAAAUUUAUUAUAUACGUCAACUUUUACAAAAAAAAAAAAACAUUUCAGGUAAAUUACUAUUUUGAAGAACUUCAUUAAUACAGUUAAACUCAUUAUCAUUGUAUUCAAAGUUUUAAAAAUAAUGUUCAAUCAUAAAAUUUUACGUGUUAUACUAAUACAACAUUUUUUAAAGUAUAUUCAUAAAAAUGAUAAUUUAUAUAUUAUGUUCUACUGUAAUAAUUUGUUAAGUAACUUCAAGCUAAAUGAUUGUUCAUUUAAAAAAGUAUUAAUUACUUCUAUUG